GUCGAUAUAGCGACGGACUAUGAAUUAGACGGCCGGGGUUCGAUUUACUGCAGAGGCAAUACUUUUUCUUCUCCAUGGCAUCUAGACCAGUUCUGCAGUCCACCCUAACUCUUCUCCACUGGAACCGAAGACAAUUUUCUCGAAAGUAAAUCGGCCAGUGCAUGAAGCUGACCACUCACCUCCAUCUAGUGCCGAGGAUGGAGUGGGUGGAGAUUAUAGAGCCACGCACUAAAGAGCAUAUGUAUGCUAAUCUGACAACUGGGGAGUGUGUGUGGGACCCUCCGCCUGGAGUGCCUGUCAAGAAGACAGACAACAAUCAGUGGUGGGAACUCUUUGAUCAGAAUACAUCCCGUUUCUACUACUACAAUGCAACAUCACAGAAAACCGUAUGGCAUCGACCACAGAACUGUGACAUAAUCCCACUUGCAAAGCUCCAGACACUGAAACAAAACACAGAGCCAGUGUCAGAAGAUACAGUGUCAACUGAUGAGCCUAGAAAGAAGGAAUCAGUUGCAACACAGACUCCUGGACGGACCGUGAAGAGUUCCAAAAAUCAACAAGAUUCCACCGCAGCUACUCAGAUUCUACCUGGUUCAGGUAGCAGCAAUAAGGCUGAUUCACUUCGCCCUUCUCGCCCUUGCGCACCGUCAAAUUGCUCCAACAAAUUGUCUGUUACUUCUGAGACUCAAACUUCCCCUGUGGGAUCACCACGCUCAGGCCGACGAGGACACCAUCACCACCAUCAUCGUCAUCAUCAUAACAGCACUAGUGGUGGACGUGCUGAGGAAGAAGGAAAUGGCCCACGUGGCAGGAAGGGAAGUCAAGGCAGUGGAUCCUGGUACAGUAGAACAACACAUUCUCAGGACUCUGGAAGAUCAAGUGACUCCAGUUCGGUGUCACAUAGUCGCACAAGUCUCGAAUCUGGUUACCGUUUGUUGGAAUCUCCACAUCAUCACCAUCAUUCUUCCAACAGUCAUCACCACCAUCACACUCAUCGGCACACUGCUAGCAAUCCAGCUGGACUCUCACCUCCUCCUCCUAAUGUCACAUCUCUUGAACAUCGGCUUCGUGAUAGGGAUGUUCCUGCACUUGCACUGGAGCAGAGACAUAGGGAUGGUAGUAGCGGCCUAACACUUUCCACUAGUACACCUCUUUUUAAGAAGAAACCUCUUGGUGAAGCUAAUUCACAGGUACAACAUUUAACUCAGCAGCAGAGAAGUAGUCUUGACAAGUAUGGGUUGCUGUCUGUACCAUUACCCAUCAAUCAAUGUCGUGAUCAAGUUAGCAGUGCGGGCGUGAGUGGCAGUGUAUUACUUGCGAAACAACGAAGUUUUGAUGUGGCAGAGAGCAGAGAAGGAGGAACUUAUGGUUUCAGUGGACAUGAAAACCGCUCUACAUCACGUCAUAAAAACCAAAGUCAACAGCCAUUACCAACACCUCUAGCUCGUAGUUAUAGUUUUAUGCAGCGGCGUGAAAAAUAUCACCAAUAUCAAGAUGAAGAUGAUUCCAUGCAUGAGAAAUAUUUUCUUGGAGCUCCUAGUAGUGGUGGCGGCGGCGGUGGUGGUAGUUGUGGCAGUGGAGGUGGUACUAGUAUAGGUGGUAGUCCGUCUGUUGGAGGAAUGCGUUCAGUGGAGUCAACACCACAAGCACGGCGGAAAUAUGGUCAAGGGGGCACAAGGCAACCUGGUAUGACAGGAGGGAAUACAGGUGGAGAAUGUAUCAACUUCGGAACAACUGCAGCAUCUUGUUACUCUAGAACAGCAUCUAAUUCUGUUGGGGUAACUUCAGGUGUAGGAAAGUCAUCAAAGGAUGCUGCGGAUCAUACAACUAAAGAUGAUCUUGUCAGUAUAUCAACCCCCCUUAUGCAUCGGAAAACAAAAUCAGAACCCAGAUAUCGAGAUCAGUUACAACUACAACAGCCCCAAAAGAAACAGUCCCAUAAAUACAAUGCACUUGGUGAUUGUAUUACGGCAUCAGCAGCAUCUUCCAUUAAGACUCAUAGUAAUGAUAAUUCAUCCAGUGAAGAUCCCACUUCAAGUCCUUCCCCAUCAUCACCUGCAACCACGUCUCCGUCUAGUCCUGCGGCCAUUGUUCGUGGCAUCAAGAAAUCGAUACAUCCAAACCCUUUUGCAUCCAUUGAACCUCCACCAGUGUCAAGACACCGUUCUACAACAUUACCAGGAGGGUCAGAUGUUGAUGCAGUCUUGUGUGGUGGUAAGGGACCAGCUUCAUAUGACGAGUUGAUCUCCGUUUCCACUGGUCAGCCUGAGCACCUCAACAAACUGUCACAGCCCACUCAUCUGUCAGCAAGGGAAAACUCUUCUGCUAAGAAUUCUGGCUACAACAAUGGAAAUCCAACAGUAGGAAAGUUUUCUCAUGGGAACCUGGAUAACAAGGGACUGGGUUGCAGUGGAGAGCCAGUUGGUGGAGGUCCUCUGUAUAGUAAUCUAGGAGACUAUCCACCGUACAUUCUGGGUCCUGAGAUCCAGGCACAUCUCCUACCUCUUCAGCAGUAUAUUCUGGAACAAGCGAAACUGUCUGGCUGUUACAGGUUUGGAGAUCCGCUCAAUGAAGAAGCAGACUCCCUUCAUUCAGAAGAUGAAGAUCAGUCGACUGGGCGGGGUGAGGAUGACAGUGAUGAGUUUGCUGAUGAUGAGGGAAUGUCUAAUCAAGAAGAUUCCAGUUCACAGGAAUAUCUUGAUGACAGCAACUAUCUGGAUGAUGAUGACAGCAGCCAUCGGGAGACAUAUAGUCAGUUCCUAGCUCCACAGCCUCCACUCAGGAUACGAUCAAAGUACACUCCAGACUGUCGAAAUAGUUCAGAUUAUGUUGAUGGUGUGACAUACUACAAUACCAACCUUACACCUGGCACCACAUUAACAGCUUCCAGUUUGCAGCAGCACCAGCAGAUCGCACAGUGUAGAGGAACUGGAGGAAUAGCUGGUGGAACAGCAGCUGGAUCUAUGGGCAGUACCAUACAGCAUGCUUCCGUACCUUUGCCUAACAAUGUUACCCUUCCACUGGAAACACAGCAUGCAUCACUCAAGAGGAAGAAGGAAGCACCACCCCCCCCAACACUGUACUCACCCAUACUCGAAAAAUCUGAGUUGCAGCUUAGUCCAGUGCCCCAGACUUUACCAGUGCCUAUUCCUUCUUAUUACCAUGGUUCAGGUAAUGACAGUGGCCAUGCUAAUAACUGUUUCCGCCCCUUGUCACUUCCUGCACCCUCCCACACUGAGGCUGACCCUACUGUCGACACGGAAAUUAUUGCUGGGUCACUACAGUCACCACGGCUAGUUCUGAGCCGUGAGAAAAAGCUGCCUUCAGAAAGUGACAUAGAGAAAUAUGCCCAAGAUAAUCUCAACAUCCAUAAGAAGGGGAUAUUCCGCAAAAAGUUUUCUGUGCGUGAUAUGCUGUCAUGGUCAAAGGAUCCCAUACGGAAACCAAUGUUGGUCGUAUCAGAUAAGGCCCUAAAAAAGGAUGCCUGUGAACUAUUCAAGCUUGUGCAAAUAUACAUGAGUGAUCGUAAGGCCAAACUUGGGAUGACUCUGAAUAGUGUAGCACUUGAAAUCUGUAAUUAUGGCUAUUCCAAACCUGGACUUCGGGACGAGCUUUAUAUCCAGAUUUGCAGACAGACCACAGAAAAUCCUAGGAGGGAAAGUCUUCGUCGAGGCUGGGAAUUGCUGGCAAUUUGCCUGGCCUUCUUUCCUCCUUCCCCCAAAUUUCAGUCUUACUUGGAUGGCUAUAUGAACAGACAUAGGGAUCCAGGAUUUGACUUCCCUGAGGUUGGUAAAUGGCCAAUCCAUGUACAGAUUAGCCAUUAUGCAACAGUAAGCUGUAAAAGGCUGGAGAGGAUAGGACACACUGGGAAGAAAGCCCCUCGUAAGCCUACAGUAGAAGAGAUAGAUCAAGCCAGGCUACAGAUCUUCCGGCCAAGUAUGUUUGGUAAUACGCUUCUGGAAGUUAUGGCCUUACAGAAGGAGCGGUUCCCACAUCGGAAACUUCCUUGGGUCCAAUCCACGCUCUCAGAAGAGGUCCUGAGGCUACAAGGGGCACAAACAGAAGGCAUAUUUAGGGUGUCUGCAGAUGUGGAUGAAGUUAAUUCACUAAAGAAUCGUAUAGACCACUGGGAGUUACCAAAUGACAUUACAGAUGCUCAUGCACCGGCGUCACUGCUGAAGCUCUGGUAUCGGGAGCUUUAUGAACCCCUUAUACCAGAUUCUAUGUAUGCUGAGUGUGUGAACCAUCAUGCAGAUCCAGAAAUUGCAGUGGCACUGGUUCAGAGGCUUCCAGAACUUAACAGGCUGGUCCUGUGCUACCUCAUUCGCUUUUUACAGAUUUUUGCCCGUACAGAAGUUGUCCAAGUAACCAAGAUGGAUGCUAGUAAUCUUGCCAUGGUAAUGGCACCCAAUUGCCUACGUUGCACGUCAGAGGAUCCACGCAUAAUUUUUGAGAAUGCUCGUAAGGAAAUGGCAUUUAUUCGCACACUUAUUCAAAGUCUAGAUACAACUUUUAUGGAGGGCAUCUAUUGAAUUGUUGGCUACCAUGCAGCCUCAGGAUUUUUAGGUGCUGAAUGAUACAUUGAAUCACCAUCAUCAUCAUCAUCAUCAUCAUCACCACCACCACCAUUAUUAUCAAUACAUAAUCUAAUAUUUUUCAUUCAUCAGAGCUUGUGUGUUAAAAAUUGUGUCUGGUAACCACCAGUCUCUUACCAAGCCACUUGGCUAUAAGUUAUUUCAUAUAACUUGGGUCAGUUCUGAGAACUCUGUAAAGAACUGGGAAAGAGCCUUAUGCAAGUGACAGUUGUCUUUUUUGUCUUGUUUACACAUGAGUUUGCUAUUCACACACAAUAUUAGCUGCUCAUGGUGUCUAUUGGGCCCUUUAGAGAUGUAUUUUUUGAGUUCCCUAGUCACAGAUCAUAUUCAGAAAAUAAUGUAAUGCAUAAAUGAUUUAAUAUCAUAGGCCUACAUUGUAUGAUGUAAUUUCUAUUUUGAUGUUUUAUAAAGUUGUCUUUGUAACAGGCUCCAAUGAGCCCAUAUAUAGUGCUGCCAAUGUAUGGCCAACAGAUAGAACUGCAGUGUUUCCUAGCUGUCUUUAACAGGAUGUCAAGUGUUGAUGGUAUAACAAGAUCAUAUGUUAAUAAUUUAGUUUUAUUUUUAAUGUAGGCAGCCCCUAAAUGGCUGUGGAUCUGGAUAUCUUCUUUAACUUUUUCCAUAUUAUUAUCUGCAAGUUUGGUUAAAUUACCAUACUUAGUUGUGUAGUUUCUCAUAUUUUUACAUGAAGAUAUAAUUGUUUGCUACACAGAUUAUAUGUAUUGGUCUCCUUCUGUCCUCCUUAUACUACUUCAGCAAAUAACUGAACUUUUGUUGAGGUUUGUAAUGGCUGUAGAACGAACACAAAUAGUACUGUUACUAUUUUGGGUUUGAGGUUCUCACAGCAGGACUACACAGAGUACUGUCUACUGGGAUGUGGUGCCUAGCAGUCCUAUAAAUGUUAACUAACAAUUUGGGGGAACAUGCUACUUCCAUCUUCAGGGACAAAGAAUAAGCUGAGUAAGUAGUCAGCAAGAAACAAGCAUGUUGGCCACUAUUUGGCCUAUUGUACCAGCCCUGGAUGAUAGAUGAUGAGCAG